CAGUGAGAGCUGUAGGAACGCCCUGGCAUGCGGUGAUGAUACCCAACUUGGUUUCGCUUCUAGCUGAAUUCCAGUGAAGACGCAUUUCUCUUGGCUGUCUGAGCAUGCCAUGUGGGGAGAAUGUCAGUGAUAAUGUGGUUAAGACGCCUGUUGUGAACUCGGACACCAAAGUUCUAGUGCCUGGCAUUCCAGGACAUAGUACAGCUGUCAAAGCUCCAUCCUCUGGAAAGGAAAAAAAGAAAAACAAGAGGAAACCGGGAGAGUCACAGGAAAGCAUCGAGGAGCGCCUAGAGGCAUUGGAUAUUGAUGUGAGCAAAGUGAAAACUCCAGGUGGCCUUCCUCAAACAGAUAGCUUUGCGGUACUGCUGGUUCAGGGCUUGGAAAGCAACGAUGCAGAAAUCUUAAAUAGAGUACUUAACACAAGGAAAGAACACGUAAUAAAGAACACAGUAGCCAGAAUGCCUAUACAUGCUGUCAUUCCACUGCUGCAUGAGCUUACGAAGAGAUUGCAGGGCAACCCAUACAGUGCCUCACUAAUGGUUUUUACUCAACAUGCAUCCUACCUUUCCACAUUGCCAGACCUUAUUCCUCAGCUGGGAAUGCUAUACCAGUUAAUGGAGAGCAGAGUAAAAACUCUGCAAAAGCUUUCCCGUCUUCACGGAAGACUCUACAUUCUUGUCACCCAGGUUGCAGCAUCAGAAAAAGCUCAGGAUGUAGCUGACGUUAAUCAGACUGCAAAGUUGGUGUAUGAGGAUGAAUCCUCAGAGGAGGAAGGCUCAGAUGAUGAGAUGAUUGCAGAUAGAGACUCUGAUGAAAACUGGGAUGAAGAUGAAGAAAAAGAGCAGCAAUCUGAUGAACAGGACAUGGACAUGACUGUUGAAAAGGAAAUCAACGGUGAUUCUGAUUUGGAACCAGAAAAUGAAAGUGAAGAAGAAUAACAGCACAAAAGCGUAAUUUUAACCGUUUAAACAAGUGGGCCACCAACCUCUCUAAUUCUGGAUCAUCUUGCAGAAAGGUGCCAUAUUUGCAUACAGGGAGUGCAGACUGGUGCACAGCCUGUGUGCAGAGGCACAUGUGGGGCACUGUGCAUUUCCGAAUCCAGAAUGUUUAACCAUGGCAGCCUUCUCUCGCCCUAUUUCCCUGCGCUUACUUAUAGAAACAUUUCUUCCACCUCAUGGGCAGAUUAUGCUUGUCAUGUGGACAUGCAUUUGUAUCUCAAGUGAAAUAAAUCUGCCACCGCUGUUUGUGUGGUAAACUUGGUUCAGCUUUACAUUGAAUUUGUUCCAAAUAUUCAAAGAUCAAAGUCAACUGGUCUAUACCUUCUUUCCAUGCUUCAGUUAGCAAUAGCAAGUGGGCAUCCUGCUGCAUUUUUAAAAAAAAAUGAAAAGGAAAAAAAGAGAUAUUUUUGUAAUAUUUAAAUUCUCUACUGGAAUUCUUUUAUUUCCCCCCAUCCUCCAUUGGUUUAGUUACGCCUUGGCACUAUCUAAAUGCUAACCGGACUUAAAAAUGGCUUUUUCUUUUUUUAAAAAUUUGAACUCAUGACUUUUAUAUGUACGAAUCAGUGACUUUUCUUGUGCUUCAAAAGGACAUUAGAACUAUCACUGUCCUAAUUUUCUUUUCAUGGAGGCUGUAUAUAAUUUCAGUGCUAACCCAGAGAAUAGACUGUGUUCAACUGGGUGGGGAAAGUAACACAGGAAAAUGAGAAGGUGAACACUUGUGAAUACGUAGCGCACAGCUAUACCUUUAUUACAGAUUUUUAAUCUCUCAGUGGCAGAACAAGGACAGCUCUUUGCUCAGCUAAUGGAAGCUGAAGUGGUGCAAACACAUUUUUAAGAGCAAAACAAGGUAAAGGUUUGAGCCAUUCACCACUAUAAUGUACAAUAAUAUAUUUGUCUAUAAAUGGAGCUGUUGCAACUAAAUACCACCCUCUUUGUAAAGUGAAUAAAUAUACAUCUCCUUUACCAAA